ACUGUUGGAAACUCCGAACAUACAUAUUGUACUAUACACGGUAAUGAAUCUUAUCUUGUGAAUGUCAGGUGCAACGUCACUUGCUGAUGCACUAUUGACUAUCGCGUCGCCUUUUCAAUAAUUAGUUUCUACGUGUGUCAAGGAAACGGAAAGAAACUAUCUUAUGGCCGUAACUGCAUUCGCUCUCGUUCAGCCAUAAGAAAAGAACAGUUCAUGAUUUUCUAAUAGUGUAAUCACCUCUUUGAUCAAUAGCUAUAAAUUUGAGGGCCUUCGCUCCACCGCAAUCAAGAUAUUUCCAUUACGGAAGGAUCGCAAAUGGGAAGCUCACGCGAUAUCGAUCCUGCGGUAUCCGUUUCACGGAAGGACAGCGCCCCGAUCUAAGAAGCAACGAGCUUGUCCGCCCCUUCCGAUUUAUGGUUGUAUCUGGGUCAAGAAUAAUUGAACAGGCGCCACGUAAACACGCGUAUCAAGUGGUUUUCUAUUUUUUCUUUCGGGUUGAUUACCGCACGCGGCCCGACUAAAUUUAACACGAAUCCGUCCACCUCAACUUGUCUCUUACCCGAUCAACUUUGCCUCUUCGACGAUGCUACCUGCUAUCGUUCUCCGAUUUUCUAUUUAUCGAUUUAACGCUAUCGAAGUGGUUCCGAACAUUUUCUUUUAAUUAAAUCGCAAAUCUGUCGAUUUACGCCCUCCGAGUCGGGAUUGAAAGGGAACAUUGUGAGCCGCCUCUGCGUUCGUGAGCAAAACGCCUUCUCGUGGAAAACAAACUCUCGAGGCCGAGCACGAUCUCUGAUGGUGACGCAACGCGCUUUUUUUGCAAGGAAUACUGCGAACAGGCCGACAAAGUGAUUCUAUGCAUCAGAAUCCGCGAUUCGAUCCACCGUCGUUCUCCACAGUCCUUUUCUGCGAGCGAUCGGAUCGGCGUUUAAAAAACGAUGAUUAACGUCGAAGAGUCAAGCGGAUAAUCUCGUAAUUGCGGUUUUUCCGCGGUUCUCCUUUUGACAUUGACCGAUGGAUUCACCUAAGCUGACCUAAUUCCCUCUGUCAUCGCUGCUUAUAGCACGCGGCGCUUAGUCGCGUGCAAACUUCAUUAUUUCAUCGCUACCCGUGUUUGCUCUAGUCAUUUCUCUUUACGAUCUCACUGACGUUUCCCUCAAGCGAUGUUUGUUGACAGUUUGACUCUCGAUCUUUACCGGAGAGAGUUACGAAACGAGCUGGUCGGUCGGCUGUCCAAGUUUCAUUGAAUCACUGACUCUAAGAUGCAGCUCGCGUCGUGUUGCAGAUGUUACUCGCUGAAAGCGGGGACCCUGUUCACCGGAAUAUUGGGCAUUAUUCUGUCCAUCAUCUCGUUGGUCUUGAUCUUCACGUUGAACGUCGAAUGGAAAACGAUACUGAUCGACGUGCUGGACCAGAGCAUAGUCAAGAUCAUUUUCGCUGUCAACCUCUGCAUGACGAUUCUGAUCUCGACGUUGCUCAUAAUAGGAGCCCUCAAGAGGAACACGUUUAUGAUGCUACCAUGGGUAGUUCUGGGGUUGAUCCUGGCGAUCGGCUUGCUAGUAAGCGUUCUCUAUACGUCCAUCAUGUUCUUCGUGAAUCAUGAGGUGAUCAAUGGAAUCUUGUGGCUCAUCAUUGGUCUCGUUGCAGUCGUGGUCUACACGUACUUAUGGCUGGUGGUAUACAGUUACUUCCAGCAGUUAAGGUACGAUAAAAUGAACAGCAGAAUCGGGCCGUACGGAAGGCCGUACAAUUAUCGACGACCUUGAGACGACUAGGUGAUUUCAUGACGAAAAAUUAAGAUCUUAUGAUGUCCUCUUCACAAAGGAAUUAGGGUAUCAAAACCCUUUGUAUCAAAGGAAUCGAAAUUUCGGUCGCGUGAAAUUACGAUCUAAUUGCUUCGAGAGUUCAAUUCAAAUCCAGCUAACGUGAUUGCACCAAAGUCUGAGGCGUCGCCUUCUGCCGCGAUCUUACGAGCAUAGGCAUACUACUGGAGGGAGCUUUCUUAAAAACGACGGGAUAGAAAUAUUUAGCUGUAUAUUAUCUCCCCCUCGUAGAACGGUAUUGGCUACAAUUCCCUUCCCUUACUUCUUUGUGACAAGCAAUUUAAAGAAGUCCCAUGCUACGAGACAAAGACAGCAUGCGAACAAAUUAUAUCUGUCUCUUUUUACUUUCCACACGUAUGGAAGCUUCCUCUACUAGUUCAUGCUCUAAGGCGGCGAUUGUUUAUAAAGUUAAUUAAUAAUUAGAAUUUAUUUAUGACACCGAGAAACUUCCCCGAAUGAUAAGUGAGAUCUUUGUUAAAGAACGAUUGUAUCAUUGAGGAGAGAGAAUCAUGCAACAUUAUUGUAUAAACCAAGAUUUAAUUUCAAGAAGUUUUACUGAUUUAAUAUCAUUCGGAGAUGAUUGUAAAACGAGAAACACUUAAACCUCGGGAAAAAUGCGUUUUUCGAGAAACGAAUACUGCCGUUCCGCUAAGACGCAAUAUCAAAAAAGAAAAAAGGUGAGACUGAAUCCCCACUGGGGAAUGAUUAUAAAUAUUAUACAUAUUCAACGGAUAACGAGAAUGUGGCAUAUUUAGGUAUAUGCAAAAAUGAUAGGCGUUGUCACACUGCGAAAACCAGUCUCUCCUACGCAAGGUUAACGACUGAUUUUAUUUAUUUCCCUCUCCCCUCCAUUUAUCUCCCUCAAACUCCUCCACUCCACCUUUACUCUUUCUACCGUGCACAUAUCUUUGUAACCAUUGUUAUAAACAAUAAAUUAAUUUCUGUUUGUAA